GUGCAAAGAGUCAGCGUCAGCAAAUCACAAACCGAACCGAUUUGUGCAAUAAGCUGAAAUAAUUUAGACUUAUACCCCGGACAGACAUGUGAUACGAGUGUGAUUCCUGUACAACGGUACGCAGUGUCAAGAAAAUUCUAACAAGACUGACUUGUAUUGAGAGAAUUUUCUGUAUGGCACUCAUUUCAAGCGCAAUUGUACAGUGAUUCUUGUAUUAUGCGUUGCGCGAAAAUUUGUACGCGCAAGCGCCCAUACAUCUCCGCCUGUAAGAAAAAUCAUUUCGGUGUUUUCGGCGCAGUAUUCCUUGGCCAAUUCGCGCACUUAUUGUAGAAGACACCAUAACGAUUAAACAUACCAGCGGAGGUCUAUUAGCGAUUUUGCACCUUUUUCGCUCUCUAUUUUCUUGCAACGGGUAAUAUCACAUGUGUGUCAUAAGUAUUAGGGAUAGGCUACUUUUGUCCGAAAAAUAAGCAUUCCAACGAUCCUCAAAAAAUGGAAGCCUGGCUAAAGGAUCGUCUCUCCAAGUGUCUGUGCUUCGAAGUUCCGGACGAAAUGAUCGGAUACAUCCUCACCAUCCGGAACAAUCAGGAGCAGGACGAAUACUUUAGAAGUUUGUUGGAUUCCGGAAAUCCGGAGCAUGUCUCGUUUUUGAACGAGUUCAAACAACGAUGGCGAAAAAGUCCUUCCGAGGGACGUGACAAGAAGAAUCAGCAGAAGUCCGGCAAACAGCAGCAGAACAAGCAGCCGCAACAGUCGUCACAGCAAUCCCGCGGAUCAAAACCUCCGGAACCGGUUCCGAAGCAGGAAGCUCCAACGGUCGCAGCUCCCGCACAGAAUCAAGGCGCAAUCAAGAAGAAAACCAAGUACGUGAGUCUGUACGACCAGGAGGGACGGGCCAAUGUGGUCCUUCUGAAGGGACGGCACCUGUGCGACUGCCAAGCGUCCAAGCAUAAACUGGUCAACAACUGCCUGCACUGUGGGCGGAUUGUUUGCGAACAGGAAGGCAGCGGUCCGUGCCUGUUCUGCGGCAGUUUGGUGUGCACCGACGAGGAGCAGAAGAUGAUCGACAGCUCAUCCAAGAAGGGCGACAAUCUGAAGCGCACCCUGAUGGAUCAGAACCGACCGAAAGGAUGGGAGGAAGCGGUGGCCACUCGGAACCGACUGCUGGAGUACGACCGGAACAGCGAGAAGCGAACGACCGUGAUUGAUGACGAGUCGGAUUAUUUCCGGGCCAAUUCGGUGUGGUUGUCGGAUGCCGAACGGAAGAAGAUGGAGAAGUUGGAGGCUGAGCUGAGGGAGAAAAAACACGCCAGCCGGUUGAGCCGGAAGGUAACGAUCGACUUUGCUGGACGGCAGGUGGUGGAAGAACCACAGCUGGCGAUUGAACUGGAGGAUGAUAUAUUGAAGCAGAUCGCGGAGUCAGUGGCACCGGAAAAGGAGAACAUCGGUCCCAAAAGUAGCUGGGAUCGGAAGAAGGUUGCCGAUGCGGAUCGGGCUGAUGACAUUCAUCCGGGAAUCGUCGGAGAGGCGCCGAUUUUCAUCGAUCCGGGAACUGCUCUGUCAUCCAACAGAGGCCCACUAAACGGUCCCCAAUUCGAUGGAAUCUACAGCAAAGUGCAGGACAAGGAAUUCCUGGAAAUGUCCGACCUCCGGCACUGUCUCUCCAUGCAUCAACCAUGGGCAUCGCUUCUGGUGGCCGGCAUCAAGAGGCACGAAGGCCGCACCUGGUACUCGUCGCAUCGGGGCCGACUGUGGAUUACGGCCACGGCCAAACCGGUGGACAUGGAGCUGGUCAAACAGAUGGAGAACUUCUAUCGGGUGUUGUACAACGACGAUGGCAUUGAGUUUCCCUCGCAGUAUCCGUCCGGAUGCUUGCUGGGAUGUGUGUCUGUUCAGGAUGUUCUACCGCAGGAGGAGUAUCGAAAGCAGUUCCCGAACGGAGAGUCCGAGAGCCCGUUUGUAUUCGUUUGCACGGAUCCACAGGAGUUGCCCAUCCGGUUCCCCGUCAAGGGACAGCACAAGAUUUACAAUCUGGAUACGAAGAUUCAUCAAGCCGCGGUCAAGUCGCUGCAACGACUUUCCAAGCUGAAGGCGGAGGAAUAAACAUUUAAUCCGGUUUGUAUAA